CCAGAAAGCUGAACAGGAUAUGGAUUAGGUAAACAAGUAAAAGCAGGACACAUGCCGAGAAUGCGCCGCCACGAGAGAUUAUGUAAGUCUUCACAUGAUCCAAGCCUCGGAGAGCGUCACUCAAGUACAACAUAUACAACAUGCAAGCUCAGAUUGAUUGCUUUUCUGCGCCGAGGCGUGAGGUUGAAGGAGCGGUACAGAAGAUCAGCGAGAGAUACAAGAUUAUUCUAGCCCAAAAGUGCCUCCUCAGAGAUUCAUUUUUUAAAGAGUCGAACCGCAAGUUCCAAUCAGAGCAACUCCUAUCGGUGCUCAUCGCACGCUCAUCGUUCAGUCGAUAUGAUGAAUGAUCAGAUUAAGUGAUCCCGGACAGCACCCGCCGAUCUUCCCUCUGCCUCUUGACUUGAUGAUUGCAUUACUCUUCUCACGGAUUUGUGAUAACAUUCAGCUUUGUGCACAAAAACUUCUGGUCCAUUCUUGUGCUGGCCCCCGAAAGCGACCCAGCGCUAUGCCAAGGGACUGGAUGGUCCUCGUGAGGGCCCAUUGCCCACAUUUGUCCGCGAUUGUCUCGCCUCGCCAAGCACACUCUACCGAUUGUGGUCAACAAAAAGCUCUAAAUCAAAGAAUCUGUGCGCUCCGGUCCAUGCUCGCGCUUUGAUACUCGGUUUGGCCCCGCCUAGUGUAUAAAUGCGAGCAAGCUCAGAGACGGGCACUCCACCGCCCACGACCGACAAUGUACGCUGAGCCAACGACUUCGCACGAAUCUACGGAUUUCUACGCUGUGUACAACCCUUGGGGUAGUAGUCACGGCAGAUAUCUUCCGUCUCCGCCCGAAGUACAUGUUUGCGGACUCCCCGGGUGUACCAUGUCCUUCGACCUCGCCAGCGACCUCGCAGAGCACCAGGGUGAAUACCAUAGAAUCGUAGACGUGGACGAGAAACGACUAUGGAGGGACACGCUCACCCUUGCGGAGAAAUCGAAACUGCCCUGCGGAUACUGUCCGAAGCGCUUGUCCACGCGGAGUUUGCUCUUCGACCAUCGGCGGAGCGUCCACAGGCUCAAGAUCAAGACGAAGCGCGAGCGGUGCAGAGCGCGAUGGGAGGCCAUGCUCGCACAGUCGUGGCGCGACGGGGCCUUUGUCGGGAGAGACCAGGACGCGCCGCUCUGCGAUCCCUUUGCGUCGGUUCUGCCGAAUGGGCCCGGUCAGGCUGUGGUAGACGAUACAGCUGCUGACCUGCAGGCUAUGCGGAUCAACAAGCCAGGACAGCGGCCCGUGAAGCCAUGCAUCGGGAUUUCGUGUUUUGGCUGCUCCAGCCCUGACCAUGUUGGUCCCGUCGCUUCAUCAAGCAAGUCCACCAGUCCGUUUCAGCUGCUACAAUGGCCGGCGUUAGCCGCGGGUCCUUCUCAGCGCUGGGAGACACUCUUCUAGACUCGGGCCGAGGAGCAUCUUCGGACAGCCGACAUGCCGCGGAGAGUGAAGCAGGGCAAUUCCGAUGGAGACAUCCACCUCCCGUUCAUCUCCGAUCUCCUCAAUGAAAACAGAUCGUAGUGUACAUUGUGAAACCAUUGAUGUGAUUAUCCGUAGUGUACAUUGUGAAACCAUUGAUGUGAUUAUCCGUGUCCAACAAUCACGUAUGUUUAACUCGGAGAGGUGGUCCGAUAUCAGCCGACAUCUCAACUUUGAUUCAAGGAGUCGUGACAUUGGAUAGACGGUUGCUAGUGGGGACCAACUACGAAUGUCGAAUUCCACAUGAGUGUCACUGUCGUAGCUUACAGAAGAUCUGCUGCUGUUCAGACAAGAAAGGUGAUGGCCCUAGAUUGCCACCCGCAUACACACAGCACCAGGCGACAACGAAAGCCCGGGUGUGUCCAGGAGGCUAGUGAAACGAGAGUGUGCAAAGGCAAUUGGGCACUGUCAAAGGGUGUCAGCCCUCACUUGUUACGAUAGGAUCAUUGAUGGGAUCAGCUUUGACUUCGCACACCUCCUCCAUGUCAACCGAAUGCGAAGAUUAUUCGAAGGGCAGGCUCGCGUUCUGCCUCAAGCGCGUCUUCAGAAAACUCUUGAAUUAUCUGGAGCUCCCCUUGAAUCCAUGUGCCGACCGAUCUUGCCAGUGUCCCAGGCCAGGACUCACCCAAAGAACAACGGCUUCUGCGAUGUGUCUGCACGGGACAGCGUUUCAGCUCUCUAACAGUCAAGCUGGCACAACACCUAUCACGCAUAAAGUCGUUAAUCUGAUCGCAUCGAAUGCACCUACGACUGGAGAAGUCGGGAUAUCCUUACCACGCUGACGGAACGUCAUCGACGCACGGCCGCCCGAACGAUUGCUGCAUGUGCACAGUCAAGACGAGACAGGGCAAUUAUCCGGGCCAGACCCUCUCACUGAUGUCCUAUGAUGCUCUCAUUUCGAUGCGCGGCUCAGAGGUUGCUUAAAUUGAGGGCCCUCGAGCCGGGAUGAAUCAUCGUUCCGAGUUUCGUUUUCCUUUCGUCUCGUCUCGCCUCGUCUCUCUCUUCCUCAAUGCCGUCGCCUACACGCAUCUUCGCCCUCACGGCACUCUUCCUCUCUGCUACUGCAAGCACCAUCAUCCCCCCCGGCCACCGAGGCACCUUCAACCAAAGCAUCGCGGACCCUCCUCCUGCGCCGCAGACCCAAUCCAGCACGAUCAUCAACACCACGACUCUGGUGCAGCCCCAGAAGGGCGGCCCGGCGGUCCAUGAUCUGCCCAGUGCUAAUGUCCCGCCCGUGACCGUGACCGCUCUCGACGGAACCGUGACCAAUGCCACUGUCGCGGACGCCGUGAAGCUGAGCGCCGACUCGCAUAGCACUCGCCGUAGCUACAACACCCGCCGCGGAAACGUCGGACGGUUCAACCGCCGCGAAGAUGGAUUCAAAGAGAUCUUCGCUGGACUGCCCGCUGGACAGAAGGACGCGUCGAUCGAAGGGCUGGCAUAUCUGACGUACACUGUUGUGCCCAACUCGACGUACAACGUGGAUGCUUGCCUGAAAUGGGCUCAAGGCAUUCCCGGUGCUGUCUUUGUCAACCUCUACUACGAAUUCAACAACUACCUCCUCGACUUUGUCUUCAGCGAAAAGUCGAACCUCAAGUGCGCUGCCUACGGUGACAUCCACAACGCUACCGAGAAGACCAACUUUGGCGGCCAGGCAUCUUACCCGACUGUUGCAUGCCAGACCACUCCUCUGACGCGCAUCGAGCAGAGCAGCGGAUGGGGCCUUGACAGCCUCAUUGAGCCUGACUCUCCCGAGGGCUACGACCCCGUCUUUGGGCCCACCAACGGCGCCAACAACGCUCCUGGCUACAUGGGCUUUGCAUUCCUCGACCAAUACGACGUGAACGCCUGUGCUCAGCUCUGCAAUGGCCGCGGAGCUGACCCUGUCGGCGGAGGAUGCGCCUACUUCAACAUCUGGCGUGCGGUCGUCAGCGGUGUCCCGACCACAUACACCUGCUCGAUGUACUAUCUCGUUGCCGAUGGAUCGACAGCUGUCAACUACGGCCAGGGCGAUCUCGUCGUGACCUACUCCCGCGGCUACAAGCGCAAGUCUCUGCUCCCCGACGGCGGUUUCGAGGGCUACACCGGCUGCACCGACUUCUGCUUCACGCUCUCCGACUCGAACUGGGUCGGCACCAGCGCCUCGGGCGGCUCCAACGACGCGACGAUAUUCCACUUCAACGCGUACGCUCAAACUGGCAAUUCCGUCGCUCUGCUCGGGGCCGCUUUUGGCGACAAUGCUGAGGCUGGAACGCUCGCCCCGGCUCAGGCCCUCUCGACCAAGUCGGGUGUGUCUUAUGUCAUCCAGUGCUUCAUGAAUUCAGCGUUCUCGGCUCCGUCGCUGGAGGCCUCUGCGCAUGUCGAUAUCACCUGGAACGGCCAGGUCGUCGGCACGUUCUCGGGCUACAGCGCCGGGUGGAAGUUUGUCGAGGCCACCGCAACGGGAACUGGCAGUGACAAGCUCGCUUUCGUCGGUGGAUCUGCGCCCGCAUGGAUCUUCAUCGAUAACUGCUUCGUUUACGAGGGCACCAACGCUUAGACGCAUUCAACCGUUUCUUACGAUAGACGGCAUUGACGACCUGACCCGAUCUAUGUACUACUCAUAGAGAUCCACUAUCUUUACCACCAUCCACUCUCUUUAUCUCUGUUGCUACACUCAUCUACACUCUAAUCUGGGACUCGGGGGCUGCGUAUGACCUACUCUGUAGUUUUCGAACAUCUUACUGGAACAAGUCUGGUUGGACGAGCGAGCUAUCGCCCGUCAAAUGCCUUGAGGCGUGAUGAAUCGUCGAGGUCCGCUUUGGCUCGUGAAGAUUACCGUGUGAUCACAGUCCAAACUCGUCCAUUUCAGGCGCCAGACUUGCCGGACCCUCCCCUGCCCUCCCUCAGAGCAUGAACUUACCGGCAACUACAGAUACGAAAAAAGCCGCGCCAGAAGAGGUCGGAGGGCGGUUCCGGAACCCGGCGAGGGGAUUUGUACGGAUAAGAUUCCGAUUCGGGGCCUCGAGGCUUCAGCUUCAAACAGUUACGACACCCCCUGACGUGUCAUCUCGGAGCACAGCGUUAACCGGCGUUGACAAGCAGCUGGGACAGCGACAGACUGUAGUGAGCCACUCGCACUGGCAUCUAUCCGAAUCGGAAAACGGCGCGCAUAACUGAUAGAUCAGGCGGACGGUGGUAAAACGGAUGUUCUGGGUCCAGGCUGGCCCAGGCUCCGAGGUGGCGCUCGCUCGAAGAGGAUGUGAGUGGCAAGAGCGUACACAUGAUGUAUGUACUGCCAGUGAGCACUCUUCAUGGGUUCAUUGAAACGUGCGAGAUGCCGGGAAGCUAAAACACGGUGCCUCGCCAUCGCCUUGCCUUUAAUUACGUGGGAGGAAAUGAAGGGCGAGAUGCAGGAUCAACCCCGUCAAGUAGCCUCGUAUGACGAGCUUCAAGCGAUUUCGAAGCGGCGGGAUGGAUGGGAGACGGUCACGUUUGAUGGAUCAGGUUAUUUGGUCAGCCGAUCACAAUCCGCUAACAGUCGCAAGAGUGCUUGUACUUGUACUUACUUGUACCUGCGCACGAAGCUGCUUCCCUGUCGUGUAUAUCACGGCCCCUCUUUCCACCUCCCACCCCGCACCCUUCCCCUCUUCUCACCCCGCACGCCCUGAUUCCGUGUAAACUCUUUCAAAGUUUCGCACAUCGCAGUGAUCACCACUAGGCCUCCCCCGCCUGAUCACGAUCCACCCUCCCGGAGCUUGUAACCACUCUUGCACUCACCCAAUUACACGACCGACUAUGAUUCGCUUCGACUCCUUGUCACCGGAGGUCAUGCAGGCGAUGUGCACGCCCAUGCACGAGAUCCUCCCGCGUGCGGCGAUGCCCUCGCCCCCGCCUCACCCUCCACGGGCUUCCGGCGCGCUCUAUCUUGGCUCGCUCUCCGCCGUCAACGACCACGCGCUGCUCCGCCAACACGGUGUCACGCAUCUCGUGCAGGCGAUCGAGGCCUCGUGGGCGCCCCCAUGCCGCCCGGAGGACGGCUUCAGCGCUUAUUCGAUUGAUAUACGAGAUAAAGAGACCGUCGACAUCGCCCCCUACCUCGAGGCCGCGUGCAUCUGGAUUGAGAAGGCGCUGAGCAGGGGCGAGGGCGUACUCGUGCACUGCCAACAGGGUGUCUCCCGUUCGCCGUCCAUCAUCAUUGCGUACCUCAUCCGUAAUCACGGCAUGAGCUAUGAUGCUGCCUUGGCACAUGUCAAGCGGAGACGUGCUUGUGCGAAGCCCAAUCCCGGGUUCGCACGGGCGCUCAUGGAGUGGGAGGCCAUGUGGAAAGCACGACCUGGGAUGAUGCGGAGGUUUACCGCGUAGAGCGUUCCAUGCCGCUGUAUCAGUAUCACCUCUCUAGCGAGGCCCCGUUCGGCCUUGUUCAAAAGCCUUUACCAACACGUUCAUUCGCUCUUGUUUCUUCUUUUUGGGCAUUCCGAUCGACAUCCAGCCACCAUUCGUCCCCCAUCCUUCGUCCUCUUACCCUCAUCAUCCUUUGGAAUCCUUCUACUUUCUAUUGUACCUCACGUAUCUAUGACCGCUAGUUACACACAGCCGGACUUUCGCUCAUUAUCCGUCAUUCUUCCCACGUAACCCUCACCCCUGCUCCACGGCAUCUCCUUCCGUUCCCUCGCACGGCAUCCGCUGUCGCACCUCAUCCCUCGGCCAUCCCCCCGCAUCUGGGCCUCGUCCAUUUGCCUUUAGCCUCGAUUGCAGUCGGCGAAGGUUCCUCGAGCUCAGGCACCCCCGGAUCAGUCGCUGGCCAGCCUGCGAAGCAUCCCAAGGAUCAUUCAUCGCGUCAUCUUUCGGGCCCGAUGGACAUGAUCUCAUCUGUGUCGUUGGCAGACCUGUGAUGAUUGGGUACGCAACGUUGGAGCUCGUCCAUCUCCGUCCUAGAUCUCCUACCUCCGUUUCACCUCUCCCCUGCUCCAUCUACAUGCGACAUACCUACCACUACACUACACACACCCUCGCCCCCUCCACCCUCCUCGCUCUGUUUUACUCGCUUGUCGCACCCUUUGGGCUGUUGUUGUCAUUUUCUGGAUCUCCUUUAAACUAUCUUCCUGCUGAUCUUAUUUCGGCCGGCCUGUAACAGGCAUUUUAACUCUGCGUGAGAGAAAGAGGGAUAUCCGAUUCCUUGGAUCACGCUGUAUUGCCUAAGCUGUUCUGGGGACCUCAUGUCGGUAUCGAUCAGUGAAGGAACCCUCGUCUAUAGACUACGAACUCGUGUGUGUGAGUAAUUCGCUGGCCACAAUAUUUUACAGAGCCAUGGCUACUUCUCACAUGAAGACCGCGUAUCCUGUACAAUAUACAUCUGUAGUGACACGAACUCUGCAUGAAACGACGCAUCAGCGUCUCACCCUAACCACUUCUCGCCGAGAGAUAUAUUGCGUUCCCCAGCACCAUGGAAGCCGCA